UCUGACCUGGCUCGGCACCAGCGCGUGCAUGUGGAAGAGAAGCCAUAUCAGUGCUUGGAGUGUGGGAAGAGAUUCCCUCAAUCCUCCCAUCUGGCCAAAAACCAGUGUUUCCACCCAGGGGAGAAGCCAUAUUGGUGCUCAGAGUGUGGAAAGAGCUUCAUCUCCUCCUCCAAACUGGCCCAUCAGCAGCACAUCCACACAGGAGUGAGGUCACAUCGGUGCUCAGAGUGUGGGAAGAGCUUCACCCGCUCCUCCAACCUGUUCCAGCACCAGGUCAUCCACGCAGAGGAGAAGCCACAUCGGUGCUCAGAGUGUGGGAAGAGCUUCACCCGCUCCUCCAACCUGUUCCAGCACCAGGUCAUCCACGCAGAGGAGAAGCCACAUCGGUGCUCAGAGUGUGGGAAGAGCUUCACCCGCUCCUCCAACCUGUUCCAGCACCAGGUCAUCCACGCAGAGGAGAAGCCACAUCGGUGCUCAGAGUGUGGGAAGAGCUUCACCCGCUCCUCCAACCUGUUCCAGCACCAGGUCAUCCACGCAGAGGAGAAGCCACAUCGGUGCUCAGAGUGUGGGAAGAGCUUCACCCGCUCCUCCAACCUGUUCCAGCACCAGGUCAUCCACGCAGAGGAGAAGCCACAUCGGUGCUCAGAGUGUGGGAAGAGCUUCACCCGCUCCUCCAACCUGUUCCAGCACCAGGUCAUCCACGCAGAGGAGAAGCCACAUCGGUGCUCAGAGUGUGGGAAGAGCUUCACCCGCUCCUCCAACCUGUUCCAGCACCAGGUCAUCCACGCAGAGGAGAAGCCACAUCGGUGCUCAGAGUGUGGGAAGAGCUUCACCCGCUCCUCCCACCUGACCCAGCAUCAGGUCAUCCACACCCGGAAGCAUCCAUAGUUUUGGGGGCAACACAGGAAACACCUUGGGUAUGUCCACCUGCUCAGUGUCCACCAGUGGCUGCCUUGAGGCAAGCAGCCUCGUGCUGGUGGACUGCAGCAAGAGUUCACCCAGCGUCAGCCCUUCUAUGGACCUGCAGACCCCACAAGAGCCAGAGGCUGGCCCCAAGGUUUGAUGUGGGGAGGGGCUAAGAGGAAAUACCUGAGGCAGAGUCCAGUCUAGAUGCUGGAAGAACUGGUGGGGGAUCCCUUUGCAUCAGCCUUGGAGCCUAUGUCUGUGCCAUCGUUCUCUAAAAGUGACCUAUGCUUCAUGGGGGGGAAGAAGUGGCUCCAAAAUAGGGUGCCUCUCCAAGACAACUGGCUCCAAAAGACACCCAGGGACUGUCCUUGCCAGCUCCCACCUUCCUCCUCCAUCCUGGCCCCCAGGAUUCUGGUAUGUCAGGCACCAGCGUUGCAGGAAACAGGACAUUUAUGGCUGGGGAAGCAUUUCCUGACCUCCGCCCUGACCUCCCCUCUCCUCCCCAGUACAUCACCCCUCCCUAGACGUGCACAUGCCCAUCGUGGUCUGUAAGGAGCUCAGCUGCCACUCCCUGAGUCCAGCGUGGCAGGUUUUGCUUCUCAGCCCCUCUUCCAUGGGUUUUUUUAGCUCUUGGGUGCUGGAGGUGCCAUGUCCUGCUGUCAAAUCUGCAGGAUCAUACCUUGCUGACGAAUUUGCUUAGCUUUUAUACUAUUUCUUCAAGGCAUUUUGCUUGAUGGUUGGCCUAUUUAAUUCUGAACAAAACAGGGAGGAAAAGGUUGAUUAUCAUAUCACAACUCUUAAUUGCCGGGCUCCUGUUCUUGAUUGUCUAGGUGUAAAGACUGUAUCUGUGGCCCCUGUAAUAAUGGGUCAAUCACAGAUGAUGGGCUUUGAGUGUCAGACAGGAUACUUAGAGGUGUCACCACCAAGCCUGUUUGGGGUGCUUGUAUAUUAAUGGGGAGCUUGUACUGGUGGUGGUCUAUUUACCAAACUGCAGACAUGCAGUGAAUGGCUUGGACAUUUCUAACACCUUAGAGUGACAUUGGGUUCCUGGUUUGAGCAAUGUGAGACUGUCGGAUACAGAACAUCCCCCCUGUAUUCAGUGUACCUUUUACAGGUUUCUUUUGAGAUGCAUAUAUAGCCUUUUGUUUCCUUUGGCUGCUAGGUCAAUUGAAAUGCAUAUGUGGUUUCCUUGCCUUCACUGGCUCACCUUUCUUUAAAGGGUUUUCUGAGGUACACACAUGUGAUGAGCACAUCGGGUCUCUGCCAACAGUUUUAACCACUUUUAUUAUUGUAUGGCUUGGGUCUGGUAUUGGGUACUGCAAGCACUUCCCUGUCUCAAUGCCUAAUGGGUUACAAGCCAUUAGUGGAGUUUGAUUUUCUUGUGGCAGUCUUGUUACCACAAUCCAGUCUUGCCCCAGCCACUGUCCUGCAUUUCUAUUUUAUGUCCAAGCUUUCAC